AUGGCAACACACCGUGUGGGAGUGUGUCUUCAUGGGGCACUUGCGCUUGCAGUUGUUGUUGCUCUUGUUGCCCUUGCGCAGAGUGCCGACGGUGCGGCGGUAGUCGCCCCGGGCGGGACCGACUUUGGCGCCUGCCCCUGCGACGUGACCGGCGGCAUGUGCGACGUCGGCUGCUGCUGCGACCCGUCAUGCACCACGCCCAUUCUCGAAUACUUCAAUGCCUCUGGCAUUGCGUGUGCCUCCACGCCAGGCCUCGACCCGGCUGCCUCGCGCCUCUGCGUCAACCGCGACAAGGUCCGCGCCACCAACGGGCUCGACGCCUCGUGGUUCGGCGACCUCCUCUGCGUCACCACCGACAACUAUCCCUCGGACGGCUUUUUCUUCCCGCCGCCGCCCUCGCCGCUCAAUACUGGUGCUGCCUCGGCCCUCCUCGCUGCAAGCUCCGCCCCUCUGUUCCAGGACCCGGCCUCGCCAGGCGUCGCCGCCGCCACUCGCUACCCGCCAGGCGCCCCACUCCUCGCCGCGCCCACCGCGGCCGCAGGCGCAACCACUCGUGUCCUCGGCCCUGUCGCAGCAGGCCCCGCCGCUGCGUGUGACGAUUCAGCCGCGCCCGCCUUUCUCUCCGCGUCCGCCUCCUCCUGCGUCCGGACUCUCGACCCGGCCGCCACGUCCGCCACAACCUACUCCGGCUGCGCCGCCGCGUCGGCUGCACGCUGGCUUGACUACGGCAUCCUCCCAUCGCCGUCGUCGUCGGCUGCGCCGGCCGCAAUCAUCCCGAUCACCGCUGGCACCGUCACGUGUUACGACUCGACCGACCGCGCCUCCCGCGCCAUCGUCGCCUGCCCCUCCGACGCCGCUAUCGCAUACGCCGACGCCGGCGGCUGCCGCAACCUCGUCGUCUCUGUCGGUCUCACCGUCGCCUACACCGGCGACAUGCUUGUCUCGGCCGCCUCGCUCAACUUUGACGUCGUCGUCUCGGCUGCAGGCGCCUCGGCAAACGCCUCCUUCUCGUACCUCGCCGACUUUGCCGUCGCUUUUGUCCCGUCCGACGGCACCGUCCCGGUGGCCAAGUCCGGCAACCCUGGCUAUGCUGCAGGUCUGCCUGUCCGCGGCGGCUUCAAGGCAGCGGCCGCGGCGACCGCCAUCACCGCCGUCGACCUCACCCUCGCCGCCGGUGACGCCUUUGGCGCCUGCAUCGCGCCCAGCCUCGGCGUCCCGGGCUCGCGUGCAGAUCUCGCCUACGCCACCGACGCCCUCUUCGGCUGCAGAAUCGAGCUCGACCGCGCAGAGCUCGCAAACUGCGCCGCGCUGCAGAACAAGCUCGUGAGUCUCCUCUUGCCCAACGCUACCGUCAACGUCGUCGCCGCCUGGGGCUCGUCCGAGACCGACACGCCGGCCGACUGGACCGACAUCGCCCUCCCUGACGCAGUGCCCACGCCCGCCCAAGGCACUGGUACGUGUGCCAACAUGGUCGUCGGCGUCCACUACGGUUUUGUCACCGUUGCUGGUGGCGCCGCAAACAACCCGCAGCACAAGAUCAUCGGCGCGCAGAUGGAGUACAUUGUCGGGUCGGUCACCGACGUCGCCCCGGGCUCGCCGCUCGCCCUCGUCUUUCCCCGCAACCCGAACCUCAUUCCCGAGCUCCCCUCAGACGUGUGGUAUCCGUUUGAGCUCGGCUCGGCCGCACCAGGCACCUCCCCGCUCCCCGCAAGCCUCCUCGCCGCCGUCGCCGGCGUUGUCGCCAUUGCUGCCGCCAUUUACGCGUAA